AGGACGGUUAUUUCAGGCUGCCUCCCCUCACUGAGUCUAGCCUAGGGGAGAGGGGUUCCCUGGUCUACUUUAUUUCUCAUUCAAUGCAGGGGGUCCUGAGGCCUUUGAGGCUUGGACACCUCCAUCCCCAUUUGUAGAAGAGGGACUGUCACUCUGACAGAGGGAAAGGCCUCACAGACCCACCAGUUCAGUGUCCCCAUGAGGACCCAAGCUCCGGGUAGGCAGGGACUUGCCCAAGGUCACACUGUGGGCUGGUAGCUCAGCCAGGCCUCCCCAGCCAGCAUUCCCUACCCAGAGAAGCCCUGCCCUUGAACACCUCCCUCCACCAGGAGCCUGGAGCCUGUACAGCCUGACCUGGCCCAUCGGCUGGAUGCAGAGGGAACAGGGGCCAGCUCUGUGCCCCCAUGCCCUUCAGGGAAUAGGGGACCCCACCCUUAUUCAAGAGGCCAGGUCUGGAUCUGAGCAGGAAAGGAUCCAACUUGAGGCCCAACUCCUUGUCCCCUCCCCGGUGGCCUCCCAAACAUGGACCUGGCCCACAGCCAGUAGCUGGGCUCUUGGCGCCCCCUGCAGGCCAAGAGCACCCGGUGGGACUAGGGCCAUAGGGGACCUGGCCCAGGCAAGGGGAGCACCCAGACAGGGCUGAGGAGCCAGUGUGUCCCCUCCCCCUCCAGAUGCACCCUCCCCUUGCCCCUCCACCACCUUCCCACCCUUGUCUCCCCUCUGGGAGGCUCAGGCUCCUGCUAGUCUCUGCAUCCCUGAGGCAGGACCUGGCAGAGAAGACAGGGGGGGGCCUCCAGGAAGCAAGGAAUGUGGGGAGAGGAAGGGAAGGUUGGAUGCCUCAGCCCAAGACCACCCACCUUCUACUCACCCGUGUGCUGCCAGGGAAGUUGGGGGGAUCCUCGCAGCUACAGCACACCUCCCGUGGGCCCGGCUAAGAGCCGGCAGCACCAACCACAUCAAAUCACCUUAAUCUCUCACAGCAGCCCUCUGGGAUAGGAACCAUUAUCUCCAUUUCUAGAUAAAGACAGCUAGACUCAAGCCCCACAACCAGGAGGUGGGGGGCGGGGGGUGGGGGGGCUGAUGCAGCCGUGAGGCGGAAAGUGGGUCCCAGAAUCAGAUCUCCCUCGGGCAUAGAAGGAAACAUCCCCCGCGGUUGGCCAAGAGCUUCCCCUGAAGUGCCCUCCAGGGCCAGUCUGGCUUCACAGCGGCUCCUGGGAACGUGUCAAAAGCCCAGAUGCCCACCCAGCCCCGCCUGGAGCGAGGCCCCGGCACCUGCACUUUCAACAAACCCCACAAACGUUUCGAUGCUCAGCCAGAUUCGAGAACCAUUCCUCUGGGCCAGCCCCCAUGCCUGACACACAGAAUCCACCUGCUGCUCACACACCUCCGGGGGAGGAGAACUCGGCGACCGGUACCUGGCCAAGCUGUCCUCCGUGGGGAGCAUCUCGGAGGAGGAGACGUGCGAGAAGCUCAAGGGCCUGAUCCAGAGGCAGGUGCAGAUGUGCAAGCGGAACCUUGAGGUGAUGGACUCGGUGCGCCGAGGUGCUCAGCUCGCCAUCGAGGAGUGUCAGUACCAGUUCCGGAACCGGCGCUGGAACUGCUCCACGCUCGACUCCCUGCCUGUCUUCGGCAAGGUGGUGACUCAAGGGACCCGGGAGGCGGCCUUCGUGUACGCCAUCUCUUCAGCAGGUGUGGCCUUCGCGGUGACGCGGGCAUGCAGCAGCGGGGAGUUGGAAAAGUGUGGCUGUGACCGGACGGUACAUGGAGUCAGCCCGCAGGGCUUCCAGUGGUCGGGAUGCUCGGACAACAUCGCCUAUGGCGUGGCCUUCUCCCAGUCCUUCGUGGACGUGCGGGAGAGAAGCAAGGGGGCCUCCUCCAGCCGCGCCCUCAUGAACCUCCACAACAACGAGGCUGGCAGGAAGGCUAUCCUGACACACAUGCGGGUGGAGUGCAAGUGCCACGGGGUGUCGGGCUCCUGUGAGGUAAAGACGUGCUGGCGAGCCGUGCCGCCCUUCCGCCAGGUGGGCCACGCACUCAAAGAGAAGUUCGACGGCGCCACCGAGGUGGAGCCACGCCGCGUGGGCUCCUCCAGGGCGCUGGUGCCACGCAACGCACAGUUCAAGCCACACACGGAUGAGGACCUGGUGUAUUUGGAGCCCAGCCCGGACUUCUGCGAGCAGGACGUGCGCAGCGGCGUGCUGGGCACGAGGGGCCGCACGUGCAACAAGACGUCCAAGGCCAUCGACGGCUGCGAGCUGCUGUGCUGCGGCCGGGGCUUCCACACGGCCCAGGUGGAGCUGGCCGAGCGCUGCAGCUGCAAAUUCCACUGGUGCUGCUUCGUCAAGUGCCGGCAGUGCCAGCGGCUGGUGGAGCUGCACACGUGCCGGUGACAGGCAGCGUCAGCCCCGCGCCAGCAACCAGCUCGCGGCCCGAGGGAGGCCGGUAAUUUAAACAGCGCCCCCACACCUACCCCAAGGGAUACUGGCUGUACUUUUUGUUUUGGUUUGGUUUUUGGGUCCUCCUGUUAUUUAUUGCUGAAACCAGGCGGGCGGCCCCAAGGGCACCAGCCAGGGCCUCCUCGAAGCCUGGGCCUUUGUGGCCGCCACUGACCAAAGGGAUCUCGCUCGUGCCUCUGGCUGUCCACAUGUGGCCACUGCUGACCACUCGGUUGUUAACUGCAUCUGUUUUUCUACUCACAGACUUCAGCUGGGUAAUGAGGAGCGUUGGUCACAUGCCUACUGACCCUGCCAUGUAGGGAAGGAGGCGGCCCUAUGGCAGGGGGAAAUCAGUGCCAUCUCGAGGGAAGCUGCACCCCUGCACGUACACACCGGCCCCUGGCAGCUUCAGCCUGGUCUCCCAAGCCCCUGGAAAGGGAACGGGCAGAUACCAGCUCAAGGGCAAAGGGUUCGUUUGGCCCUCCACGGGCGGCCGGAGGUUCAGUCUCUGUGGGACCUUCCAGGCAGGAAGAGCAGGCGAGACAAGGGCAAGAGAAGGUGCUAGUCCCACCUUGGAGCCCAGCCCACCCAGCCCCCCCAGUCAAAGCCGCCACUCCCUGGUCACUCCCAGACAGGAGCACCAGCUGCCAUCUUGGACCAGAGGUCCCAGCCAGGCCUUUGCAGUGACACCUCUUGACGUGUCUCCUCACAGUGCCACUCGUCUGUGAGACGAAGAAUGGACAUCACACAUGCAGAGGAACCCGGCCAGUGGAAAAGCCCUGUCCCACCCAUUAUUUCACUCACUGAACCGAAUUUACUGAGCAAAUACCAUGGUCUGAGCCCUGUACUGGGCCAUCCCAUAGGACGAUCACAACAGUCCUGGGAGGUGCACAAGACAGAGAUGCUUGUGCCCAUUUUACAGCAGAAGGGGGCACUGCUCAGCCAGGUCCCAGAGCACGCUAAUCAGAAGCACAGCCAGAAAAGCCCUCCAGACAAGGUUCCUCCUGGGCGCCUUACCCAAAGGCCCAGGAACUGGAGGUCUCCUUGGGGAGGAAGUGGGGCCAGGAAGUAGCAGAAGCCACAGACCACAGGCUAGACAAGCAGCCACAUGGCUCCAGGGCGCAGAAGAUGGACAGCUAGAAGGCUGGCGAAGUGAGGUGUCCGCAGCUGAGGCGACCCUGCCCCCAGGUACCCUGGGCACUGAAGAAGAGCCCCCCAGAGAAAUCACCAGUAGCCUGGGCCUGGCCCUGCGCCCCAGCCAAACCAGCAGGAGCACAGCCCAAACUUCUGUGACCAGGACAUGCACACAGCAAGACUCGGCCUGACCCCACUGCUGCUUCUCAGGUGGGCUCCCAACCACCAUAAGAGCUCGCUGUCAGCUCAGUCUCCAAAUUGUCCCCUUAAUGGGGCCCCAGGCUCCUGGUUCGAGAUCUUGAGCUCUGGGAUCCCCAGCUGGAGAUUCUCAGACCCCAAGCUCUUGGUUCCAGGGUUCCAUGUCUGAAUUCAAAGUCCCAGAUUGAGAAUAUGGGUUCCGGCCUGUAGAAGCUCUCCUCCAGGCCUUGUGGUUUGUGCCUCCUGGUGCUGGCUUCCUCACGAAGAAAGGGUCAACACCCUUGGCCCCAAGCCAAACUCUCUGCUCAACGUCCAUCCAAGAAGGCCAAAACCAAGUGAGAUGCUGCAGCCACACUGGAAUGAGGGGUAAUCUUGGGGCCGGCAGGCUCUGAUGUGGAUGAAAGCUGAGCCCACUAAGUGUCCCCACAGCGGCCCAGCUGGACUCACUGCUCCUCUGGCAGGCUCUGUUCAGCUGUCUGCUCAGUGCCAGGGAAAAUGCUAUCCCUCACUGGCAGAGGCCAGACCCAGACAAAGAAAGCAUGGGAGACCCCUCCCCCUCCAGAGACAGGGCAGAGCCACUCUCCCCCACCCCCAAAUCCUGUCCUCAGAGCCAGAGGACUGGAAGGUCCAGGCUGGAUGCUGGUAUUAUGGAUACUGCCCCAGGAAAAAAUGAGAGGGUCUGUGUCCACUCACAGGCUUCACCUUUCCACCUGCCUGGGGGCUCUCUCAAAGCUGACCACCCUGGGGUUCUGAAGGGUAUGGCCUCUGUAAAGCAGACUAGAAUCUAGGAGCCUCUGCCCAGUCCUACCAUCACCAGCACCCCAAAGGCCAAAGGGACCCACAACUACAUGAAAAUGGAGCUUCCUUGGAAACACCCAGCUCCCAACUGUCCCAAAUAAAGAGGAGGAACCAGCCCAUGCCUUAGGUAGCCCACCCACUCUGGAAGCUGGCCAGAGGUUCCGAGUCCUGCCCGAAACUCUCUCCAUUAGUCUCCACAAGGCAAAGGUGAUGUCCUCUGAGGCCAAGGGCUAGAUAAGCCCCAGCUCUGGAUGCUGCUACCCCUCUGCUGCCCAUACCCCAUCCUCUAAUUUUUAUACUAGGCCCCUUGCCAUUGUGACACCCCCAUGAAAUAGUCUGAUGCACGAUAAAAUGAUUAUUUCUUUAU